AUGAUGAACAAUUUCGAAGUUCACCAAGUUAAGCUGCAAAAACCUAUUGAAUCAAAGAUAUUAUUUUAUUUUGAAAAUAAACAUCCUAAGCGAAAAAAUUUUUAGCUCACAGAGGGGGAGUCAAGUAAAUGCAAAUGCAAAGCUAUUAAGCUAUGAUUUAGAGAGUGCCAAAUUCUCAUUCCAUGGUAAUAUUGCAUUGAGAGCUUGGAUAUUUAUUCUUCCUAAAGGUGACAGUCUCUUGGUAUUGGAAAGAUAUAAAGGAGGAGAAAAUCUGAUAUUAUUUCAAUUUUUGAACAAGCAAAACUAUAAAGCGUCUUUAAUUUUAAGAAGAAGCUUAUACAGAAUUAUUUAUUGUGAUGGGUAUAUUUAUAUUCUAGGAUAUAAUAAUUCAAGAAGAUGCAGAGUGAUUGAUGAAUUAGGAAAUGCAAUAAAGCAUUUUAAAUGAAUUAAAAUGCCAAAUCUGAUUUAUAAUAGUCCUCAUGAAUACUUUUCUUGUAUUAAGUAUUAUGACAAAUUUUUAAUCACUGAAACCUACUGGGAUUCACUUUAUUUAUAUGAUGAAAUUGUAAAUAGCUAUUCACAGCUCCCUGUAAUUCUUAGAACUGGAUGCAAAAUUUUAUCUGUUCAUGAGCUAAAGAUAUAUAUUAUAACAUUUUCUGGGCCAAUUUAUGUAAAUGUUAAGGGAAAUUUGGCAAUUUGGAACAUCUUACUCCCCCGUCCGUGAGCCAACAAAAAAUUUUUGCUCACGAAAGGUUUAAUCUUUUUUCGAUUUUAAAAAAACUCAAUUCGCAAAUAUUUAUAGAAUUUGUAAAAUUUAUGUUUUAAAAUGCAAUUUGUUUAAAAUUAAACAGGAUUAGCUAGAGAUUUCAUUAUACUAAUUAUCACUUAUAUAUCAAAAAUUUUAUUCGCUCACGGAAGGUGUGGGUUUAGGGCAAAAAUAGGGAUUUUCCCAAUGGUUUGUUUGCUUAUAGUGGUUGAGUUAUCAUUAAAUUUCUUUGAUUUUGACCUUCAUACUAUAGUAAGCUCUGUGUAUUAUGGGAAUAAUUUUUAUAUUGCAAAUAAUGGGAAUUUUUAUAAAUUUGAUUUUGGCAAAGAAAAUUUGGAGAAAAUUGAGUCUUAA